AUGGCACCGGCCAAAAUAAUCCACCACACCAGCUCUGCAUCCCUGUCUCUCCAUUCGAUCUUCCAAAGAAGCGGCCACAAGGGCAACUGGGCAAAUAGGAAUCGCGGGGUCGUGCUUGUCUUCUGUAUUGUCUUUCUCGUCGUGGUCGGUAUCAUAGCACUCUUUGCGUAUCGACGAAUGUUGAAACGGAAAGCCGACAAGGAGUCCUAUGAGACGACGCGUGAUUAG